UAUUUUGAAAAUCAUCUUUGAGAUUCUAAAUUUCCUGUUAACUUUUCUUAUUUCAUUUCAUCCUACAAAUUUUUGCUGCAAUUGUGUAAAAACACAAGGAGUACAGCAGAAAAUGUGUGGUAGGAAUGACCGAGAUCAGACACACAGAGACCGCAGACUUCUGUGAACAGAUCCGUGCAAAGAGUGUUUUGGUUUGGUGUUUGCGCUCGUGCGGUGAUGUGGAGCUGGACUGAUCUCUAGACAUCAUAAAUGUGAUAAGUUAGUAUUGUUUUAUUUUAGGAUUACUGAUUUCUCCUCACCAAAUCGCUCAACUGUAGUAGAAACAUGGAUGUGGUGAGUUUCCGUUUGCCUGCUCAUGGAGACACCGCCCUGAGUAACAUGAACUUCCUGCGGACACAGCAGCACUUCUGUGACGUCACCAUCGUGGCGGGAGGCAGGCGCAUGUUCAGGGGUCACAAGGUCGUGUUGGCUGCUUGCUCUGCGUUUCUCAGGGACCAGUUUCUCCUGAACCCCUCAGCAGAGCUACAGCAGGUGUCCAUGUUGCACAGCUCGGCGGUGGUGUUUGAGCUCCUCCAGUCCUGUUACACAGGGAUGCUGCAGUUCAGUGCCAAAGAGAUCGUGAACUACCUGACUGCAGCCAGUUACCUGCAGAUGGAGCAUGUGGUGGAGAAAUGCAGAGGAGCCCUGAGUCAGUACAUGCAGCCCCGGAGUCGCAGCCCCAUUACUGUGAAAUCAGAAGACCCUCAGUCAAUGCUAGUGAUUGUCAGUGGAAGUACCCAUUCAUUGGGAUCCAUUUCGUCCCCUUCUGAUACGGCGUCACUGCAUCCUCACAGUUCAGGAAAGGAGCUCCAGGCUGCUGAUGCAGAACUCUCCAACAUCUCUCACAAAGAUGACAGAGAUUUGACCAUACACCAUGUUAAAGGAUCAGAUGCAUCUGGUCAUUUCGAGGGAGAGGACAGGCCUGAGAGUGAUGUCUUUCAGGUGCAGAUCAAUGAUGAACAUCAAGACCCAGAGAAGACCUCUGGUGCUGAGGAGGAAGACAGAGAAGCUGUUGUUAUGUUGGAUGAUCACGGUCAGAUGGACGCAGGUAUAGAGGAGCACAAUAUGGAAGGGCGAGCCAAAGGGAACGGCAUCAGAGGGACGGGUCGCAUGUGGAGACGACGGCACGGAGAGCAAAGGGGAGGCAGAGGAAGAGGCUUCAAACACAGGAAGCGCUACACUUUCAAAGAUCGCAAGCUCAUGGGUAACUAUCAGGAGGCUUGGCGGUUCCCAACACCUGAUGAGAUAAUGGGCAAUUUUGGAGCAGACUUUGGGGCUGAUUACCUGUCCAAUCAGCAUCUCGCAGACGGUACCGUCAGCAUUGAGUACAGGCCUGGAGAGGGACACGGAGAAGAGAUUGGCUCUGAUGGAGGUCCUGCACACUUUGGUGUGGAAGCUUCCAGCGGGGAACAGGGAAUGGGAGUCGGGACACAUACAAAUGAGCAUGGAGCUGCUGACGAGUCUGUGGCAGUGGUGGGAUCCACGUCCUGCGUAGCUGGACCAGUGGUGUGUGAGCAGUGCGGAUUAGCGUUUUCCUCAACUCAGGAUUUAGCCAUGCAUUCCCUGUCAACACACCGGCUGUACGUGUGUCCAUGCUGCGGGAAGCACUUCAGCCACUCCAGUAACCUCAAUCGCCACAUGAUCGUCCACCGUGGAGUAUCCAAGCUCCACUGCUGCCCCCUGUGCCACAAGACCUUCACUCAGAAGUCAACACUGUGCGACCACAUGAACCUGCACAGUGGAGAGCGCCCACAUGUGUGUGCGUACUGCCACGUCAGCUUCGCCCACAAGCCUGCUCUACGCCGUCACCUGAAGGAGCAACACGGAAGAACCACGGCCCAGAAUUAUCUGGAAAUGCAGCGAAACAAUGAGAGUGGUGCUGGGGACGGGGUUUAGAUCACAUUUAAAUUGGGUUAAUGAUAUCAGAAUUAACACUAUUUACUUUCUUAAUACACAUUUCUAUGUUUAUUGUGCACAAUUUAUCAGUGCACAUUAGGUAAAAGUGUAUGUCUUUGUAAUCAGUAUGUAAUAACUGUAUUGUUGCUUCAAAAUGAUUCAGAAUUGUCAAUGUGUAGCCGAACACUGCCAAAGCAUUUGAGCCUGGAGAGAAUGAAUGGCUUCAUACUCUCACAGCAACAGUUCAUCCAAUAUUAAAUCUGUUUUAUAAUUUGUUCACCCUCGUGUCAUUUCAAACAUCUAUGACUCUUUUUUUCUGUGCAACACAGCAAGAUAUGAAGAGUUCGUUAGCAAAAAUUGAUAAAUGUCAGUUGCUGCACAUUAUUGUCCACCUGAAACCUAAACACAUUUUGUCUGUACAACGAUAUUGUCCAGUUUCAAGGCAUCGCAACUUCACGCCCCCUUGUCUUUUGUGAACAGAAGCCGAUAAGUCCAUUUUAGCAAGUAAGCGCACUGUAUUCAUGUCAGGUGAUAAAGCAGUAGGUCAAUCAUGUUGAAAAGACACGCUAGCUGAGAGGAGUUUCGUCAAAACUGACUAAAUGUAAUCGAGGAUGGAUAAUUUUGACAAACUUGAUGAACGUGAUCUCUUCUUCGGUGCGUAAAGGAAAAUAAAAGCUGAACCUCUUUCAUGAUACCUCGAAAAAGCAGCACGUUACAAUGGUGAAGGAAAAGCUCGGUGUAUUACGUAUAAUUUAAUACCAUCCAUAGAUUUAUGAUCACAACAAUGUUUGUCAGGCAUCUACAUGGCCAUCUGAGGAGAUUACAAAGAUUAAAUGUGUUUUUGUUUAACUCUGAAACAUGAAAUGUGGAGUUAUCUGCUUUUGCUGUGAAAUAAACUUUUAACAUAUAUACAGUACAGACCAAAAGUUUGGGCACCUUCUCAUUCAAAGAGUUUUCUUUAUUUUCAUGACUGAGUCACACUGAAGGCAUCAAAACUAUGAAUUAACACAUGUCGAAUUAUAUACAUAACAAAAAAGUGUGAAACAACUGAAAAUAUGUCAUAUUCUAGGUUCUUCUUUUGUUUUAAUUACUGCUUUGCACACUCUUGGCAUUCUCUUGAUGAGCUUCAAGAGGUAGUCACCUGAAAUGGUCUUCAACAGUCUUGAAGGAGUUCCCCGAGAGAUACUUAGCACUUGUUGGCCCUUUUGCCUUCAGUCUGCGGUCCAGCUCACCCCUAAACCAUCUCGAUUGGGUUCAGGUCCUGUGACUGUGGAGGCCAGGUCAUCUGGUGCAGCACCCCAUCACUCUCCUUCUUGCUCAAAUAGCCCUUGAUGCCUUCAGUGUGACUCUACAAUUUUCAGUCAUGAAAAUAAAGAAAACUCUUUGAAUGAGAAGGUGAGUCCAAACUUUUGGUCUGUACUGUAUAUGUAAACAAUUUUCAAAUGAGCUCUUCAUAUUUUGUUUGAAUUUUUCAUUCAAGUCAGUAUGCACCUUUUUUUUUACUGUUACUUAACCAUUUAAUUCCAUACCAAGCUGGUUUAUAUAUGGUUUAUUUUCCACUGUGAGCCUGACAACAGAGCUCCCAUUACAAAUGUGUAAGUCAUUGUCUUGGGAAUGCAAGUGUUUACAAUCAGCCUUGUUGUGGAGGAUGAUCACAUAUUUCCUUUUACUUCACUCGAAUAGUGUGCUUGGCCAGCUGUCAACAGAAACUAGCAGCCAGAUGUCCUGAGCGGCCAUCCUUCACUACACUCAUUCUAACAAGCACGGUUUGGCUCAAAUGGACGUCUAACUGUAACCAUUCCUUACUGUUCUUAGCCCCAUUCAACCGGACAGUGGAAAAGCGGUUAAUGAUGUUGUUUAAACCUCGAAGUUCUUCAAAACCUCUUCAUUUGUAAAGAUGACAGAAUUUCUCUGCUUUUACCACACAAGAGCACAGAUACUACAGUUUUCUGUUGUAGUAAGAACAUGUGUUUGUCAUUUUUGUUGUAGUGCAACUUUAGUGUCCGUAUGUUACCAAUUCAACAACGCCUAUUAAAAACAUUGUGUCCCAA